AUGCUCCGUUGGAUUGGCUCCCUAAGAAGCCAAUUAAGUCCUCGGAUCUCAUUCAGAUGCUUUGCUUCAACUAGGCAGACAAACUCAGACUAUUCACACGCAAUAAUAGGAGCGGGUGUAGUGGGUUUAGCAGUUGGAGCUGAGUUGGCCAAAGAGCCGUCCAAUCGUGUAUUAAUUAUUGAGAAAAACUCCACUUAUGGGUCAGAAACAUCUUCCAGAAAUUCAGAGGUAAUACAUGCAGGUCUAUACUACCCAGAAGAUUCAUUGAAAACGCAGCUGUGCGUUUCUGGUAAAGAAUUGAUAUACAAAGAAGCUGCUCCGAAUGGCGUGGAAGUGGUUCAAUGUGGGAAAUGGAUUGUUGCCCAAGAUGAGCAGCAGGCUGAAUAUUUGGAGAGAUUGCAUUCCAAGGCUAAGCUGUUAGAUAUCCCAACCGAAAUGAUUAGUGUUGAAAGGGCCAAGAGGCUGGAACCUGCCGUAAAGGUGCAAACUGCUGUAUUGAACAGCCCAACCACAGGAAUUUUAUCAGCCCAUUCACUGAUGGAUUAUUAUAUUUCUGUAUUCCAGGAGAAUAUCAACUCUGAUCUUGUCUUAGGUACCCAGGUGAUAGGUUUAAAUUAUGACUCGGCGUCAGACAAUUACCAGAUUCAUGUCGAAACCGAAGAUACUGAAGAGGGGGCUAGCGGGGACGACGCCAAUUCCUCUAUCACGGUUGACUCUGUUAUCAAUAGUGCUGGUUUACAUGCGGCAAGUAUUUCGAACUUGUUAUUACCUGAAAAAAGACAUCUCAAACAAUAUUAUGCGAAGGGAAAUUAUUUCUCAUACAAUUCGUCAGCCAUCAAGGUCAACAGAUUAAUUUAUCCUUCUCCAACACCUGGUGUCAAGUCUUUAGGAACACACUUGACAAUAGAUCUAGGGGGGCAAAUAAAAUUUGGACCUGACCUGGAAUGGGUUGACAGUUUUGACGAUUUGGCGGUGAAUGCCAGCAACUUAGAAGCUGCUUAUCACGAAGUAACUAAAUACCUGCCAGGUGUAAAAUUGGAGGACAUGGCACCUAUUAUGGCUGGUAUUCGACCGAAGUUGAUCGGCCCAUCAGACAAUAGUUUUCAAGAUUUUGUCAUCAGAGAAGAGAUAGAUUUCCCUAGAUUUAUCAAUCUUUUGGGCAUUGAGAGUCCUGGUUUGACUAGCUCCUUUGCAAUAGCGAAGUAUGUAAGAAAACUAUUGGAAUGA